UGUAAACAUAAAUGGCGAUCAUGAGAGGUUCAUGAAGAAAUUAUACGUGAAAUAACUGCGUUCUAGUGAAAAAAUGACUCUCAAUCCAUUAGCAAAUCCUAAAGGGAUUAAACUUCUUUGUGAACUGUGUCAAAAACCAGCUUUUAUUCAAUGCACAAAAUGUAGAGUGACAUAUUACUGUGGUGUUGAACACCAAAGAGCAGACUGGCUUGGAAUCCAUGAGAAGAUAUGUCAGAACCUCAUUCCGCUCCGACAGAGUGCCCCGUUCCUCCCUUCAGAAGAGGAGAGACAAAACAGGGAAAGACAGCUAGAAACUAAAAAGAGGACCAUGAUAGACUUAACAAGAACUACAGGCCAGAAGUUAUUAUUUGAGGGAAAACAUGACCAGGCUGUGCCAGCUGCAAUGCAGUCAUUGAGGUUUGCCAUUGAUGUACAUGGCUUAGCAAGCAUAGAGCUGGUUCCCUCAUAUUUGAUACUAGGGGAGGCAAGCAUAGGCUUAGGAAGACUUGAACAGGCUGAGGAGUACCUAGCUCAGGCACAGUGGACAGUUCUGAAGACCCCAGAAUGUUCCAACGCCAUCAAAUCUAAACUGUACAGAAACUUAGGGCUGCUCUAUGCUGCCAAGGGGGAAUAUGAUGAAGCACUAAGGCAGCUGGCUAAUGAUAUAUAUCACGCUAGCGAGGAGUUUGGCACGGAUGAUAUCCGUACAUCUGGCGGAUAUUUCCACAUGGGCAAUGUAUUCUUCCGGCAAGGGAGAAUGGACAUUGCUGACACACUUUAUAGACAGGUGACAGAUAUCUGGUACUCCCACCUAUUCAACAUUGUCAAGGUGCGCACGAGAACCCCACCCACUCCAAAAGGUGUGGGGCCACUUAUUGUGGAAAUGUUCGAUGAACAAGAGGACAGCCUUGACGAGGCCCAAGAAGCGGAAGCUGUUCAGGUGCUCAACUCUAUCUACGAUAUGCGGGAACACCAACCUAACCGUCAACCUGAAGAUAUGGCCAGGGUUUGCCACGGCCUUGCAAUGCUGUACUUUGUACUCACAGAUAUUAGCAAGGCCAAAGAGUUUGGUCGCAAGGCAGUAGUGGCAAGUGAGAGCCACCCAGAUGACUCCAUGUCACGCUCCAUUAUUGAGUUCAUGAAAAACUGUGACCGAAUAUCCAUGCUGACUGUCUCUUAGCUUAUGUAAUGCUGCUGAAUAUCUUUGGAAAAUUGAUAUAAAAAAACAAAACAAAACAUGAAAAACUCAAAAUUUCAAAAUGCAUUUUAGGAAUGAUUAAUAUAAAUCGUUCGUAUUCUCACAUGCUUCGGUUAUACACUGAGGGACUUUAAAAACGCAACAUAUGUACUUCCAACAUGGCAAUCCAUGAAGCUAAAUUUACUAGUAAUUUAGUAUGUCUGACAUUUUUUUGUUUAUCAAAAGUAUUUUUUUGAAGUACAUGAAUUGCUUUUUUAGUCUCUAAGAAUACUGAUAAAUGUGAGGAUGAUCAAAAAAAUAAUAUAACAGUUUCUUUGAAUAUUUGCAUAUCUAUGUUAAGAGGUAUGAUCCAAAUUGAUAUGCCAGAAUCAUGGAUGUAUUACCUAUGCACCAUAAGUAUUAAGGCUGACAUAAGUUGUUGUGAGACAACCAUUCAUUGAGAAAUAAAUUAUUGAUUUUUUCCUAUCUAUUUUACUUAUUAACGAAAUAGAUCGGUCUUUGAACUGUACACCAAAUAUUUUGAAAAAAUAUCAUUUAUAGUAAAAAUAUCUUUGUAACAAACCCUGUGAUAUUUUAUGUUUACUGUAUUAAUGUAACUGAUAUUUGUGUCAGCGUAUUUUCAUGUUUAAUAUGACUUUGUUUAUUUUGAUGAUUUUUAUGUCAUUAAAUCAAUAAAAUGA